AUAAAUAUGACAAGUGGCUGUCAGUUCUGACUCAAAUUUGGCCUUUGAGAAAGCUUCGGAGGCACAUGCACAACAUAAUUUUGGGGUUUGAGAUCCUGACGGCAGGUCUCAAGCCAGCGUUCGUGUGGGACUUUUUCGUCCCGAAAAGAUCCGACCUUGAGGAGGCAGUGGCGUCGCUGGUCGCCAUAGGCUUGGUACCCCCCAAGACGGUAGUGCUCACCUUGCAAAAAGGAGAUUGCCUGGUGGCCUGCACGGAAACACUUUUGCUUACCGUGAAACAACAACUCUUGGUGGUUGACAUCAGCUCAAGCCUGGCGAUCCCUGCACUCACAGACAAGGCAGAGGAAAUCGCUGAAAUGAUCACGUCCAUUUUGUGUGCUCUGAGCUCGGGAUCAGGUUCGUUGGAGGCCAAACCUGGCUGGAGCGGGCCGACCCUUACAGGCCUGUUGCUCGGUUACCCAGUGCUGUUCUGGCUUAAUCCAGACGAUUCUGAACACUGCCUGACGGGACUCUCCUUGACUAAUUUCAAAGCCGAGGGCUGUCACAAGGGAACUGGAAAGAGCCAUUUAAUAACAUCGUUCAGCAUUCCCACGUCUCUCGUUGAACAACUUGCAUGUCUCGUGCAUCAGUGGUUUCGGUUCAACUUUAAAAGCGUUUCGCAAUCAACUUUCACGCAUUUAAAGCUAGUUAGUCGGAUCCACUUAGAUUCUAAUAUAGUCUUGUAAAAGUUUCCAAUCGGAUGGGUCACUUGGAGGAGGCGAAAUCUUUUUUUGAAAAAGCGCUGGCCAUCAAGAAGGACUUUCUGCCAGCUGCGCACAACAUGGAAAAUUUGACUUCCACCCUGGUGGAGCGGUGGCACUUCCGAAUGCUGAAUGAUUCCAUCAGAAAUGAAUCGUACCGCGAGGCAAUUCUCAAGAAGAUAAGACAGGGGUUCUCCAAAGUCCUCGACAUUGGUACUGGCACUUCGUUGUUGAGUUUGUAUGCAGUGCAAGGAGGAGCAAAAAGGGUGUUUGCCUGCGAGUGUUCGGCGGCUAUGAUAGAGAUUGCAAAAGAGGUCAUAUUAGAUAAUAACGUUGAGAGUAAAAUCGAGCUUCUUCAAAAAAUGUCAACUGAUUUGAGCAUUCCUGCUGAUAUUCCGUCAAGAGUGUCACUUGUAGUGACAGAAACGUUGGACGCCGGCGUCUUCGGAGAGAACGUGCUGCAAACCCUGAUUGACGCAUGGGAUCGUCUCCUUCUACCCCAGAGCAGGAAUUUAGUUUCUCCCAGGGCAGGCUCCAGGAAUGGCAUUGUAGUUCCGUUUGGGGUGAAAAUCUAUGCUGCGGGCGUGCAGUGCGCCGCAAUCUCCAGGAUGAAUACUCUGGAGCCCAGUGUGUGGGAUGCUUUGGGAUUAGGGCUGGAAGGGACUCGUUUAGCUGCUGCUCAAAAUGAAGCUUACAACUCUGAGAAACUUGAGUAUGUGGCUGGCGGAUAUACAUUCAUCACUUCGCCUGUAGCUGUACUUGAAGUUAACUUUAACGACCCGCAAGACCUUCAAAAGCACUUGGCUGGGGAGCAUGAUAAAAAGAUGGAGGUGUCGUGUUGCGAUGCGGGACAAAUUGACGCCUUCGUUUCAUGGUUUGUUCUUCAAGUGGACGAAGACCUGAAGCUGUCUUCAGAGCCAGGCAAAAAAUCCUGUUGGGAACAAGCUGUUUUUGCUCUAAGCGUGCCACUUGAAUUGCAAUCUGGCCAAACUGUCAACAUCGCCGUCUCCUCGUCACACGGACUUUUAAAGAUCCAACCAGACUCGCAAGAACUGACACCAGAAAUUAUGCUAACUGAAUGUGUAGCAAUUGAGAUGUUGAAUGACAGCACUUGGACGAGAUCCAUGCAGAUGGUGGCAAACUCCUUUAAGGGCAAAGCUGGCCUGAAAGUGCUUGACUUAAGCCCAUUUCCAUACUUGGGUCUAUUGUUGUUGAAAAUGGGAGUGUGCGAUAAAUUGAGGUGCUCAGGUCGUUGCAUGAGCCUAGCAAGGAAGGUAGCUGGCGAUAACUGCGAUUUGGAUGACUUUAACAAAGCAGACAAACUGGAUUGCUUUGACUUGAUCAUCCUCUACCCAUGCACCCCUGAAGGAGAGCUUGACCAAGAAACCAUCCUUUACGUUUCACAAUUACGAAAACGCCUUUCUCCUCAAGGAGUGAUGCUUCCAAAAUGUCUUUCAAUCAUUGGUCAGAUUUGGAAUUCAGAUUGGUUGGAAUCUGUUUCGCAACUUCAAACAGAUGAGCAUGUCAGUGGAUUUAAAAUCGCUUCGCAUGUCAACAAGUACAAGCUAAAACGACAUUUAGAUUUGCGACUUCAGAGUACACCACACGCUGUUCUUAGUGAACCGAAAGAGAUUUUUUCAGUGAAAUUGUGCGAACAUUUAACAGAAGAGCCAGCCAAAAGCGAGCUGCCUCUAAUUAGCACAGGCAAAGUGACUGCUGUUGCACAUUGGUUUCAGUUUGACUAUGGACAAGGAGUUGAAUUUCAAACAAACCAGAUAGACUCAUACCCACGCCAAGCAGCUGUGCUUUUAGAGGACAACAUGACAGUGCAUGAAGGGCAAAAACUUAAAAUCGAAUCUUGCUUACAAGCAGGAGUUGUGAACAUAAAAGUUUCCUUGUAGGGCAAUUAAAUCUCUUUUCUUAACA